AUGUCUUUAAUCAGUGAUCUAGUUAAAGUAUACUGUUUCUGCUACUGGAUGCAGCUGUGGUAUGCAUAUGCAAAAACAUUAGGAGAAAAGGCGGCAUGGGAAGUAGCUAAAGAGAGUGGUCUUGAUCUAGUGGCGGUGAAUCCAUCAUUCGUGGUUGGUCCGUUGCUAACUUCACAGCCUACAAGCACACUGGAACUCAUAUUGUCACUUACUAAAGGUGAAAUUUCGAGAUAUCCAAAACAGGUUAUAGGAUUUGUUCACAUAGAUGAUGUAAUCGCUGCACAUAUAUUAGCAAUGGAGGAAACCAAAGCAUCAGGAAGGUUAAUAUGCUCGAGCGCGUUUGCUCACUGGUCAGAUAUCAUGAAGAUGCUCAAGGAUAAGUAUCCAAUGUAUCCAUUUGAAAGCAAGCAAGGCAGUACUGAAGGAAAUGAUUUCCCACAUAGCAUGGACACUAGCAAGAUUAUGCAGCUAGGAUUCCCUGGUUUCAAAAGUAUUCCACAAAUGUUCGACGAUUGCAUCCAGAGCUUCCAAGACAAAGGAUUUUUGUAA